CACUAUUGUUAUUUACUCAAAACCCUACAAAACCCUACAAACAACCGCCAAAAUUCACAGAAAAUUCCAAGCUUUCUCAUGUCUUUCUUUUAAUUUUUCUCUUAAUUUCCUUCUCCCCAAACACCCACGAUGAACUCGCUUCGUCGAGCAGUCGCACAAAUCGCGUAUUCACAGUCCACAACAAAACGCACCGUUUUACGUCCGACGAUCACGGCUCUUCUUGCUCAAUCUUACUCCACUAAACAGUGGAGAAAUGCCAAACCAGCAACAGCCGACGUUUGGCCGCGGCCGAGUGAAAUUCCGUUCCAAACGAAGGUGGCCAACUCGGUGAGCCUGAUUGGCCACGUGGACUCGCCGGUUCAGUUCGAGACUUCUCCUGAUGGCAAGCAUUGGGCUGGCACUGUCAUCAACCAACGCGCCACUUCUGAUUCUCCCCAACUUUGGAUUCCUGUAGUAUUUGAAGGUGAUUUGGCUCACAUUGCUGCUUGUCAUUUGAAGAAAGAUGAUCAUGUACAUAUAGCUGGGCAACUCACUGCGGAUCCACCUUCUCCUAUUGCAAGUCAACGUGCCAAUGUCCAGGUUAUGGUCCAUAGUGUCCAUUUUGUUGAUGUAUCUUAUAAAAAAGGGAAGCCCUUUUCAUCUCAAAAACAAGAAGUGGGAACCAAAGAUCAUUCAGCCAGCACAAAGAACGAUAGUAAUUCAGCUUCGAGUCCCUGGGAUAAUCUCCUUAAUAAUCCAGAACUGUGGUGGGAUUACCGUAGUCAGAAGCGCAGUGGAUUGGUAAAAUCAGGACACCCUGACUUUAAACGUAAGGAUGGUGGCCUUUCACUCUGGCUCACUAAGUCAUCAGGAUGGGUUUUGUCUCAACUUGAUGGAAUAGAGUUUGAUGUUCAGACUCCUAAACAAAAAAUUGCGAAGGAAGAUUUUCAGACUCCUAAAUCGAAUUAUCCAAAACGACGGAAAGGAGAUGAACCUUGGAAAGACUUGACGGAAAAUCCAAAAAAGUGGUGGGAUAAUAGAUUGGAUAAGUUGAGCAAAAAUGCUCCUGACUUUAAGCACAAGGAGACUGGCGAAGGACUAUGGCUUAAUAGUGCACCAGAUUGGGUGCUACCAAAGUUGCCUGAGCCUGUAAAGAGUCAAAAAGCUGCUGCUUUCGGCAAGAGAGAUACACUACUGUCUUGACUCGUAUCAGAACUGGAGAUGAAUUUGUAAGUCAUCACUUUAGAUCGUACAUUCUUUAGUUCUAUGUAUUUUCUUUUGUCCGGAAAGAAAAUGAUACUCGCAAGUUCCAGAUGAUUAACUGCUUUUGCAAUCCAUGGAUGAUAUAAACAUCUUAAUUAUCAAUCUGUUUGGGGUUUUGAAUCUCAAUUGACUUUUUUGCCCCUCAUCACCUAAGGUUCAAUAUUUUAAA